AGGCUUUUUGAUCCACCAUCAAACAAGUAAUGAGAAAGCACACAAUUAAACAAGAGUGAGUCUUCUCCAAAAGUUAUUAUAUAAAUGUCCACCGGCUUCCUGUACUGGUCUCUGACAUCCUUGAGAACAUGAGAAUGCUGGGAUAUAAAACAAGACCGACACUGGGGGCUCAAGUUUCGAUGGAGAGCUCGGUUUGGAAAAGAGCCCAAAGGUUGUUCUGAGUUGUUCCACAGCGCAAGAACAAGAAGGCACCGAAUGAACACAUGCAGGACCCUAAUGACCGCAUAACAGAAACGCGCAAGUGACCUUGGGAAACGCAGGACUUUUCGGAAGUUUAAAACACCAAUACGCGUUAGACACGCUACAGGAAACUCGACAUGAAUGUUUCUCACGGACUACUGAACCGGACUAUCUCCACCGUGAAGCAUCCUCUGGACGCCGGUCGAGGAUGCUGCAACUUCUCGGUGAUCACCAGCGACGGGUUUGGUUCACCGAUCCAGGACGAGCGCGAUCAGUUCAUCACGCGUCUGGUGCAGAUAGCGGUUCUCUGCGUGCUCUCACUGACUGUCAUUUUCGGCAUCUUCUUCCUCGGAUGCAAUCUACUGAUAAAGUCUGAGAGCAUGAUAAACUUGCUGGUGGAGGACAGGAGACCUUCUAAAGACGCGGAAAUUAUUAUGAUCGCUGCAUGAGUGGAGCAGACUGUGAUCAUCACCAGUGACUUUCCUCACACAAACUCAUCUCUUCAUGCAUGAAAGUCACCUGCUGCUUUGAGUUUUACACCAGUGCUGAAUGGACUUUUAUAAAAGGUAGCCUAUAUUUCAUCUUGGAUCAGAAAAAUCAUGUUGCAAACAACGCAUUCAACUUUUUAAAAAUGUAAAGUUUACAAAGUCUUUUAUGUUUGUCUUCAUGGAGGAACACAGAGAGCAGAGAAAGAUCCAGAUUCAUUAUUCCAGGAUGGAUCAUAUAGAAUUGAGAACAAUUUGUCACUUGUUUUGUAUAUAUACACACAUUAGCUGAAUUGAUUCAUGUUUGGCAUGAAUUGAUUUUUAAUGGGUUAAAGAAAUAUGAUUGUAUUAACUUGCAUGCGAAAUUGAUAUUAAAAAUGGAUUCAAAUGUUAUGAUUAGGCAUUCAGCAUUUCUGGACUCUUUCAAACAGAAUGUUUGACAGCAAGAGCAGAAAAUGACUCAAAUUCAUAAAAACAGCAUGGCUAUAGUAUAUAUUUGCAAUGGAGAGUAAUUUGAUUUGUACAUUUGCCUAAUUGAUUCAUAACUGGAUUCUAUUUAUAUAUUUUAAUGUGUUCAAUAUGAUUGUAA